AUGAUUCUCUUUUAUGGUUUGAAAGUUGUUUCAGGGAAGGAAAGUAAAUCUGUGACUGUUAUGGAAUAUAUAAUAGGACAACGAAAAUAUGCCAAGUCUUAUUAUGCACUCUACCAAAUAAUCUAUUCCCGUUUUUCAAUAGUUCUUCAAACAAUGUGGAACGUCGGAAACGAUGGAAUUGAAGCAGGAACAAGCUUGAUGCCUUUAAGUGAUGCUAUUCGAAGACCGAUUGUGCGGAUUUCCGUAACUAUAAUUGCUAUAACAUUUUCACUCUUUGUACUGGAGUCAUUCCUAUCUAUAGCAUUCUUUGUUGUAAUGGGACUAAGUUAUUUCAUAUUCAUAGCCUUCAACAAGGAUGAAGGGCCAAAAGCGGAUGGUGGUGAAGGAACUACUUCUGUUGUAGACAGUUUAGAAGCAGCAAGAAGAAUUAUGGACAAGUACAAAUAA